AAUACGAUUAUUCAAACUUCAAACUUCUUCAAAAUCAAGUCCAAUAAAAAAUCUCAUUCUUUCCUGAAAAUCUCUAUCUGUCACCAACUUUUUUUUUUUUCAAAAUCUUCCACUUUCUAUUACUACAAUUUCGUUUUCUUUCUUGUUCUACCAGGUAACGGGACAGUUUUUUUUUAGUGCCCUGUUUCUCUGAUAUUAAUUUUGCUUUGUACGUCUGUUAUAUAUUUGCACUCCAAGAAUCAUGGAGAAAGUGCAAGGAAAUAAUCUUGUUUCUGGAUUCAAUGACGGUGGUGAAAUUGGGGCAGCGCUGUCGCAGCUGAUAUUAGCCGGGGGCACAAGCACCAUGGACUCAAUAUUCUCUUAUUGUCCUUCAUCGAUGACAACUGUAACCAGUCCUGUUCAUGAGCCACUAGGCUCUUCAGUCUAUCUCCGCCAGAAAGAUCUACUUCAAAAGUUCUGGCAAGAAAACAGAGCCAAUUACAGUUCAUCAACGCAAGAUUUGCAGACGAGCUUCCUCCAGAUCUCUGCAUCAAGGACCACGUACGUCAACCCGAUGAGGAAGAAGCUAUACAGGGGAGUGAGGCAGAGGCAUUGGGGAAAAUGGGUAGCCGAAAUUCGGCUGCCCCAGAACAGAAUGCGAGUGUGGCUAGGCACAUACGACACAGCAGAGGCAGCAGCCUAUGCCUACGAUCGUGCCGCGUAUAAGCUCAGGGGAGAAUACGCGAGGUUGAACUUCCCAAACUUAAAGGACCCUAAUGAAUUGGGGUUUGGAGAUUGCGAAAGAAUGAACACUUUGAGGAAUGCGGUGGAUGCAAAGAUUCAGGCUAUCUGUCAAAAGGUGAAAAAGGAGAGAGCAAAAAAGAACGCAAAGAGUAAUUCCAAGAAUCCUCCUUCCAGUCGUGAAACAGAAAAGGAAGUCAAGGUGAUAGAUACUUCUCCUUCUUCGUCCUCUUCAUCUCUGUCUGCGGUGGUCUUGGGCGACAACAACCCGAGUAACGAAUUGUUGUCGCCGACUGUGUCCGAAGAUGGUGUUUGGAGAAAUGAGAACUCACCGGUCUCUGUUUCGAAUGAUUUUGGGAUGGUCGGAGCAGAGGAGCCUGAACUGGAGUGGUGUUCGUUGGCGAGAAUGCCAUCAUACGACGCCGAAUUGAUAUGGGAGGAGGUACUUGCUAAUUAGGAGGAAGAUAUUCCCUUGAAGAAAGAAAAUAUGUUUUAUUUCGCUUUGUCUGUAAUGAUAUGUUUUAUUUCGCUUUUUGUCUGUAAUGAUAAGUGUAAAUUGCAGUGCCUGUCGUAAGAGUGGAGGUUCUUAAUAAUAUGCUGUUUCUUCAUAUUGUUGUCUACUUAAGAUUAUUUUUACUGGUUUUUUUCAAAUCCAUUUUAGGCUCUGCUUAUAUGAGUAGGGUUAUUGUAUUGCAGCUACAUUGGAGCUUUGUUUUGUAAGGCAUUAAACUCUUGAUGUAGGG